AUGGGACGCGGUCAAUCCCCGUCAACAUCAGGAAUGGGGCAGGACCCAGUACAAGCAUCACGAUCUCAUCUGAAUUUAAUGCAACAAACACAACACCAGCAGGUACAGCCGUAUCAGUCACAACCGCGUCUACCACCAACGCACCAUCAAAAUGCUCAUACAAUCGAGAUUGAGAAUCGAAUCGCUGGUCUGCAUGAUUCUUCCCAAAGGGAUGACGUGAAGUUGAAAACAUUAAAGGAUAUUUGGACGAGCAUUGAGCAAGUAUACAAUCUUCCUGUUUAUCACAAUGUUGUUGAGAAGCUCGUGAAGAGUUUUCUGAAAAUUUUCUGCACAACUGCUCCGCAAUUUAUCACGGAGAACAACACGCGGAAUUUACGGAAACUUGUUCUUGAAAUUAUAUUACGUAUGUCUGGUGUUGAGUCGGUUAAAUCGUCUUCUAAAGAUAUUAUGAAACAAAUGCUGCGGUUAAUUACAUUGGAAAAUGAGGAAAACGCGAUAUUGGCUAUGAAAAUCUUCAUCGAUCAGGCUCGAAACUUUGGAAAAAUCACAUAUUGUCCUGAAAUUAGCAGCACAAUGGAGGCGUUCAAGAAAAUCUUGAUCGACUUAACGAAUUUGGCAAGCAACGGCGAGAUUUUCAUUGCCAAGGAUAUGGCAAAACCGUUUGGAAAUUAUACAGAUGAAGAGCUUAUUUCGGACUAUCUUAAAUCGUGUUUUUACGUACAGACGAUAACUUUGAAUGGAACUGAUACGAAGUAUACACUAAUUCCUCUUGCAACCCAAUCGUUCAAAAUGCUCCAAGAGAUUCCGAUGCUUGUCGUUUUCUUUUAUCAACAUUAUAAGACCAGCAUUCAAUCCGAGGCUCUUGAAUUUAUGAAGUUUGGUUUCAAUUUUCUAAACGUUCGUCUUCCGAAAGACAUGAAAAAUAACAUAAAUCAAUCGCUUGCCGACGAUUUCUGCAUUGCUCAAACGAAAUAUUUGUCGUUUGUUAACAUCAUGGGAAAAAUUCAAGCGUUCAUGGAUAUGAUCGCGCAACACAUUGAUCAGCUCGUGACUGGACUUUUGCAAUUGCUGGAGCAUUGUCCGGCGGAUUUGAUAGCGACUAGAAAAGAUGUUCUUGUCGCUAUGAAAUAUUUUGUUUCUGGGGACUUGAGAAUGAAAUUCUUCCCUCUUUUACCAAGAAUGCUUUCGGAAACUGCUUUACUUGGAACAGGAUUCACUUCUAUUGAGAAUUUACGAGUUUUCAUGUAUCAAAUGCUUGCUGAUCUUCUUCAUCAUAUGAGAAAUCAACUGACGUACGAAAUGCUUUCUCAUAUUUCCUUCAUUUUCUGUCGACAACUUCACGACAAUACGACGAAUGCUCAAGUGCAAAUCAUGUCGGCUCGUCUUCUGAACAGUAUUGCCGAAUGUUUGGUUAAAAAGGAACGAGAAGGAGAACCGGUUUGUACUCGAGAUGUUCUGACUGAAGUUCUCGAAGCACUAGUUGCGAAAUUGAAAGUAAUCGCUUAUUAUCAUUUGCCUCUUCUUUUCCAACAAUAUCGGAAUGAAGUCGAAUACGAAUACAAAAUUCCUGAAAAAAUAUCGAAAAGUGAUGAUGAUAUUAUUGAUAUACGACCAAGAAGAUUGUCGAUUGAUUCGAUUGACGAGCUCGAAUAUAAUUCGAAGUUGCCGGAAUGCAAUGUUCUGCCAUUUACGCCGUUGCCCGAACCCACGAAGGACGGGAAAAUGUUCAAUACACCGGAUGCAAUUCUAACAUCACUUUCGGUGCCAAAUGCUCCGCCUGUUGGAUUGCUUGAUGGAAGGAAUUUGGUGAAAUUCAUUUUUCAAACGUGCAAAUUUGUUGCUAUCCAAAUGAAGGAUACGAGGGAAACCAUGGAUUCUUAUCAUAUUACGCGGGAGCGAGAUUUGUUUGAGCGUCUUCUCAAAUAUGGUGUAAUGUGCAUGGAUAUCUUCGUGAUUCCCGUUAGUCGGCAUUCGUCGUCAAGCAAUCGAACCAAAGACGAAAAAGAGACGCUUGAAUCUCUUGCCAGCGUGUUUACCACAAUCCAAGAAAGCAUUUUUCGAGAGCUGUUUGAGAAAUAUAUGGAUUUUUGUCUCGAAAGAAUCUUCAAGAAUUUCCCUCUGCAACUCAUGAUCAACACAUUUUUGGUACGGCACGAGCUUCCAUCAUUUGCUUCGAUAAUGCUGUCAUUUCUUAUGGAUCGAAUGAAGUGUCUUUCUGUUAGCACUGAGAAAACUGGUCUCUAUGUCAAACUGUUCAAGAUUAUUUUUUCUGCCAUUGGAACUCAGCACCCGAAUGUUGAAGGAGAACGAAUGCUCAAGCCAUUCCUUCCUGAUCUCAUUCGUCAGGCGACAGUUUUGGCGCUGUCUGCGAAAGAGCCGCUCAACUAUUUCCUCCUACUUCGUGCACUUUUCCGUUCGAUAGGCGGUGGAGCACAUGACAUAUUAUACGGAAAAUUUUUGCCGCUUUUGCCGAAUUUGUUGCAAUUCUUGAAUAAACUUCAGUCGGGACAACAUCGUGUUCAAAUGCGCGAAUUGUUUAUCGAGCUCUGUCUGACCGUGCCGGUGAGGCUCUCAUCACUUCUUCCAUAUUUGCCAUUGCUUAUGGACCCGCUGGUUUGUGCAUUAAAUGGAAGUCAAGGAUUAGUUCAACAAGGAUUGCGAACACUUGAAUUAUGCGUUGAUAACCUUCAACCCGAAUUUCUUUUCGAGCACAUGGUGCCAGUUCGAGGAGCUCUCAUGCAAGGGCUUUGGAGAGUCGUCGCCACUUCCAACGAUCCCGGAUCAACAGCGGGCGCAUUCAGAAUUCUUGGCAAAUUUGGUGGAGCCAAUCGCCGAAUGCUCAAUGAGCCGCAAAUGCUACAGUUCGCUUCGCCUGCCGAGAUUUCACAGUCAUUUGUAAACAUGGAAUUCUCGCGAUUGGGCUUGGACGGCAAAUUGAGCAUUCAUCUGCCGUUGAGUGACGUGAUGAAAAAUGCGGUUGAGCAGAUGCGCAUUAGUUCGACACCGAACGAUUCCAUCUCUCAGGUGGGGCUUGUGGCGAUGCCGGUGCUUCCGAGCAUACAUUUGAGGAAACAGUGUAUGGAGCUGGCUAAAUCGGUUCUUCUCACCGGCCUUGGUCCACCACAGGUCAUGAGUAAUAAGAAUAUCAAACGAAUGAUCGAUCAAAUCAAACAUAUAUUCUUGAAAUUCAAAAUCAAUGAAGGAACUUCUGUUGUUUACAAAUGUCCCAGAGAAAACGAUCGUUUGCUGUUCAUCAACGCCUUAUUAGUCUUAUUUUAUGGUUUGGUCACCAAAGAUCCCAUACGCCAACAAUAUUUGAAGUUUUUCAAUGCCGUCCUUCGACAGUUGGCUCUGAUUGGUCUACUUGAAUGUGCAGGCGGCGAACAAUGGAUACAAAAAGCGGAUGAAGAACGAACUAAGUUCUUGUGUCUUGAUUCGGCCGUUCUUGUCGACGCGCUUUGCACUGCAUUUUCGGACUCCAACAAGGACUUUUGUCAUUCAGCAAUGGUUGCCCUUCGACAUAUAAACGAUAUUUGCGCUGCAGCUCUUCCAAAUCCUGAUAUGAUGAGUAAAAUUCCGUUUUGCCGCUAUUUAGUUGAACGUAUUAUUAAUUUGUGUCAUGGUCCUUCGUGGUUUGCGCGACUUGGCGGUUCAAGCGCUCUCUCUUAUAUGAUCGAAAAAUAUCCGAAAAUCUUUAUCGAGGAGUUCAUGGAACCGAUUGCUGAGGGAUUCAUUGAAGUCAUAAUCGGAUCUGUUGAUGAGAUCUCAUCAGGAAGUGUCGACAUGGCAAUGGAAAGUAUUGAAAAGUUGCUGAAAGCGAUGCUCAUUGGAAUUGAUGAUCGCAAUGAAGUCGAGAGGAGACUCGACAAAUUUGUACCCGCCUUCGUCAGACAUUAUUUCCACGGGUGUCCAGAUGUCCGGCGAAAGAUUGGAAUUCUUCUGCAGCAGUGUCAUUCAAUUGGACAGGUUGCCGAAACAUUUGACGGGUUUAUGUAUAGGUAUCGGGAUUUAUUUGUACCGGAUGUCGAACGCAUUUUGAAUACUAUGCCGUAUAUGUCGUUGUACGACUCGAUUGGUUCAUUGGCAGCUUUAAUCGACAUUAUAAAUGUUCGACCGAGAAUGUACGAGUUCGCUCAAGAUUAUGACCGCUGGAGGCGAUUUAUUACAUUUUUGGUCGAUCUUGCACAAACCGAAUCUCAAAUUCUUCUUCAACGACCAAUUUACAAGAAAUGCGAGAAUUGCGCUUCCCAUUUUUUGCCUCCGAUUCCGAUAUGUGAUCAGAUUGAUAAUUUACGGUGUAACGCAAUCAGAUGCAUUGUGACAAUCUACAGUUUGAACAGAGAAGCAGUGAAAGAACGAGGUGUCGCGAAUAUCGAUUCAAUGGAAAUUGAUGAUAAUGUGAUGGAAUUGAGAGCCGAAUGGGGGCUUGAUAUUGAUCGAUUGACGGGUGAUCACAUCUUUGAUUCGAAUAGGCCCCAUUCUUUGAAAAAAUUGCUAACUGUGGCGUUGCGAGCAAAUCUCAAUUUGGAAAUCGAGGUUAUCAGUAAAUGCUCACACGAGAUCUUAAGAACGUUGGCACCUCUUCCACUAUCAUUCCUUAAUUUGGCAUCGAAAGAUUUUCUCGAUCGAGUUGGAGCAACGCUUCCGAGCCAUUCGAAGCUUCUAUUGGAUGAUAUUCACAGACUUGAUCGAGUUUUCUGGUUGAAUCCGAAAAUAUUAACGAAAACGAUGGCUGUCAACCUUACCAACUAUGUUGUUAAUUGGAAUAUGGAGGAGUUAAAUAAUGAAAAUAAGGAAAAUGAGCUCGAGGAGGAAAAUGAGCAGUCUGAAGAAACGAAAAAAGUUCGACAUCUGAAUGAAGUCCGAACGAUUGCCAAAAUUGUAUUAAUUUUGGCGAAUUGCAAUGAUUUGGAAACGAUAACACCACAAAUGGUCAUUGAUAUCGUCAAAUUUGCUGCUGGAUUUGAAUAUAUUUAUGCGCAAAAUAUCAUUAAUGGAUGGACUGCUGAUGUUACGAAAGUGAUUUCGAAGUAUCCUCAACAAGUUCUCUCAUUUUUGUUCUCGACUGAAUCCUUGGGAGAUCAAAGUCGAAAAGCAUUUAUGCGUCGAAUUAUCGAAUAUGAUGAAGCACAAGUGUUGCGUACAGUUUUGAUGGAAAAUUCCGAAUGGCUUGAACGAAUUUUGGAGGGAAAAUCAUUUGAUAUUGCUUCUGAUAAAUGGGUUGAAGAACCAUACGAUGAGAUGAAGACGUGCCAUCGAGAAUUGUUUGCCCUUCAGAUUUUGAACACAAUUCUUCGAAUUCAUCCACAAUGGUAUACGAAACCAAAUUCACCAAUCAAUCGACUUAAAGAUCUUUGGAAUGAUACGGAUUUCAAGCAGCGAUACGUCGUUCGAUCUCCAAAUGAUGAUGAUUUGAAAAAGAUUGUUGUUCGAUUUAUGACUGAGCACAAAUUCAAAGUUCCAAAACUCAUUGUGACAUGCUUUUUGAGAUAUUUGAGAAUAUACUACGACGAUUUCGAACUUUUAUUCGACGUUAUCACGGUGUUCAUUGGCAAUUUUGUCACCGAUUUCACAUUCGUUCGCACAUUUUUGGAGAAUGAAGUGAUUCCCGUAAUGCCGUUGAUGUGGCGACGACAAGCAUUCUUGCGAAUCAUGGAGAAAUUCGAAACGAAUCCGGAGAAAACGGUUACCGAUUUAAGAGUUGUCAAAACUAUUCAAUACCUCAUCAUACCAUCUCUUCAAUGGGCUUUUGAACGAUACGACGUUGAUUCGAUUGUUGGUGAAUCGCAAGGAUCACAAGAUGGGAUGGAGAACGAUCCGAAUAAUCUUGUUUCGAGAUUGGCGAAGGUCGUUGACACACAUCGGCAGAAAAUGAGCGACGGAAUGGUGAUUGUCUUUUAUCAAUUGUGCACAUUGUUCGUCCAACAUGCUCCUCAUCAUAUUCAUAACAACAAUUUCAAGAAACAAGGCGGAAGACUGCGAACAUUCAUGCUGUUCGCGUGGCCAUGCCUCACAUUGGCCAAUCAUCAGGAUCCUACGAUGAGGUUCACUGGAUUCUAUUUCCUUGCGAACAUUAUUGAACGAUUCACAAUCAACCGAAAAAUUGUGCUUCAAGUGUUCGAAACUCUUACUCAAACUUAUCAGCAAGAUAAUCGCGAUCAAGUGCGGAAGGCAAUUGAUAUUCUGACGCCAGCGGUUCCAAUCAGAAUGGAUGAUGGUCAUGCACAAAUAUUGAAAUAUGUGCGAACUGUUCUUCUGGAUGAGUGCCACAAUUUGAUGCAUGUUCAACAUGUUUAUCAAAUGAUCAUCAGAAACUAUCGAGUCUAUUAUCCGGUUCGCCAUGAGCUAUUAACACCGUUACUCAACUCAGUACAACGGUCACUUGUGAUUCCACACAGUUUUGUUGACGCAUGGCAAUCUCGUCGAUUGGCUAUAGAAGUUUGUGAGAUGGUAAUUAAAUGGGACCUUCUUCGAAUUGAGAAAACCGAAUCGCAAACGCACGUAACCGCUGAAGACGCGCUCGAAGUUGACAAAAUGCUCGAAACACUCAAAGGAGGAGUGUUCGACAAGGAAAAAGACGAUGAGAUUUGUUCGAAUCUCAUCAAAAGAGAGAAAAUGAAUAAUUCCGAAUACCCAAUAUCAAAGGAGCAUAUCGAUCAGAUUGUCAACAUGCUUGUUCGAUUCUGUGUUACAUUUACGAACAUUUCGAUGCAGAAUGGACAACAAAUGCUUUCGGUUGCCAGCGAAUUGAUAAAGAAGUGUCAUGGAUUGCUGAGAGCUGCAUUAAAACCGUGUGUUUGGGGAAGAAUAGCGACUAUACGUCCUAGUGGUCUCGACAAGAACAUGAUUAUUCCACCCGAGCUCAUCAAUUCGAAAUUGGAAGGCAGUGGAACGUCGGCGACCUUAACCACCUGCGUUAAUACUGCGCAAAGCUCGUUAGAAUUGAUUUUGAACUUGAUCAAUACGAUGCCCAAAGAAUUGCUUCUCCAGACACUUAAGCCACUUCAGAAGGGAAUCAUAUCCUGUUUGAACAGCGGAAUUCAAGUGCUGGUUCGACUCGUCAAUCAGCUUGUUGGAAAGUUGUUCGAGAAGACGAAGACAUCUCAAACUGGAUUGGAUGAGCUGGAAGAGUUCAAUCGAUACAUUGCGCGAUAUCUCAAUGAUCAGUUCACUCUUAAUGUCAAGAAUCCUCAAGCUCCAGUUGCUGCACUUUUCACUGCAUUCUCAUUGGUACGAACAAUUUGCUCAAAUCAACCAGGGUAUCUUGAUGCGAUUUGUCUCAACUCAUUCCUAAAAGUUGCUGAAAAAGCAGCUCGCGAGCAUCUGUGUUAUGUUCAGAAUGGUCAAGACUCUCAUCGAGAAAAAGGCGUCGUUGAAAUGGUAUGCAUUUCAAUGGAAUUGAUUCGACCGCGUCUUGAUUUUUUGCCAACUGAAACACGAAAAGUCAUUCUUUUGAAUAUUGCGUCCGACUUGAUUGGAAGAAGUUCAUAUGAGAAGGUCGUCGAAAGCUGUUUGAAAGUGGUCGGUACUCUCAUCAGCACGACUGAUAAUGAUUUCACUUUACAAUAUUCACUUCCAUUGCUUUUAAAAGUGCAAGAAGUCAUCAAAGCGCGUUUUAGAAGCUCUAAAGAUUUGUACACGACGUUUCUGACAUAUGUCGCUCGUGCCUAUGAGAAUACAGACUAUCGAAUGUCAGAAGCGGGCAGUCGAUUGUGGGAAGGCUUUGUGUGGGGAUUGACGAGCAAUGAUUCGGAUAUCCGCGAAAAAUUCUUGCUGAUAUGGGAAUCCACGUGGCCGCAUUUAUCGUCGAUCGAUAUGCUUCAACGCAUGAAGUAUAUCCUAAAAGAUCAAGAAUGGUCGAGAUUCGGACAAUACUAUUGGUUGCGGCAUGCAUUGUGGAGUAUGCUUCGAUGCGUCAACAUCAAAGGAAAGCAGGAAGCCGCCAAGAAAGAAGGAUUCAAGAGGAAACUUGUUCUCAUGCUCAAUUGUUCUUCACCGUGGAAAACGUUUGAAUUCGCGGCGAAUUUGAAGGAUGUCAUUAAAGAAGAAGAUGAAGACGAUACAAGCAAGCCUGAAUCAAAUGAACCGGAUCCGAAAAUAAAAGAGGAAAUAUUGGAGGAUGACGACAUGGAAGAAUGCCAAACAGAUCAUGAGAAGAGGCUAAAAACUCUUUUGGAUGAGCAGAACGCACUUUUCGCCGAGGCUUCCGAGUUUGAUUUCGCACAGACUAUCGAUGCUGUUUCAAAUUUCGCAUUCGCCGUGCCAACGAGCAGUGGUUGUGUGGCGAAUAUGUGGAUGGUGUUGUUUAAAUCAUUCUGGGCUUCUCUGACUCCUGAAGAGAUAACUGACAUCCAACCUCUCAUUCUUCCCUUCUUGUCGAGUGGAACUCAUAACACGUACCGGUCGGGCUACGAAAGAAGUGUCUUAGCAGAUUGGCUCAAUACUAUGAGCCAAGUGAUCCCGCUUCCGCCGAAACUCGUACAAUUUAUUGCGGCUCGACACGAAUGCUGGCAUACUGGAAUUGUAUUGCUCGAACAGCAGGCGGUGAAGAUUGGAAGACAAGAGAAUAAUCAGUUCGUAAUGGAAUUGCCGAUUCCGGAAGAAAAUCAGCGAGAUUUUGAUGUCUUGGAUUCAUUGGCUGCUUUGUAUUCUGAAUUGACCGAAUUCGAUCAAUACGCUGCUGUAUGGGAUAAACGAGCACUUACAUCGACGACGGGAAAAGUAAUCGCUGCAAUGCAAUUGGGAGAUACCGAAACUGCUCAGACGAUUCUUGAAAAUGCAAUGACGACGAUUGCCGACUCUCUCGCUUUGAACAUGAAUGUGAAUGGACAGCCUGCUACAGAUCGUCAUAUUGGACCCCUGCUGGACCAGGAAUAUGAUAAUUGGAUGCAAAUGUAUAUUGAUUGCUGCGCUGAUCUAUUGCAAUGGCAAAAUGUGGCCGAUGUGUGUAACAACAAAGACAUGCAAUAUUCGCGAGGGCUGAUUGAAGCUGGUCUUCAUAUUCCGGAUUGGAACGUCGUCGAAGAAUGUCGCAAUCAGAUUCAUGGUUGCAUUCCGAAUGAUUUCUUCCCGGAGUUUACUGUGUAUAAUACGAUGCUCACUAUAAUGAAAAACAAUGAUAUCAAUAUUGACGCACACAAGGAAAGAAUUAAGCACGCAGUUCAAGAUUGCGUUGAAGCACAUAUUGCCAAAUGGAGGUCACUUCCAAAAGUUGUAACAUAUUCACAUGCAAAAUUAUUGCAAUGGAUGAAUCUUGUUCGAGAAGUCGAAGAGGCAACUGAUCUACGAUGUGCUAUAGAAGUUCCGAACUGCAAAUUCGAGGGACCACUUCUUCAAGAUCUGAAAGUUCUAAUCAAAAUAUGGAGAAACCGAAGUCCAACCGUUUCUGACGGUUUGAGAUUCGUUUCUACCAUGUAUGAUUGGAGAUUACAAAUUCAUUCUCUAGUGCUUCAACGGUUUGAGAAUUGGGAAAAGAUGAAUGUCAACGUGCCCAGUAUUAUUCCCUCUGCAACGACCAAUCAUUCGAUACUCCCUAUUCAUUCUGCAGCCCAAGGCCAGCUUACUAUUGCUAAAUGUGCUCGGCAGCAAGGGUUUCCGAAUCUCUCAAGAGAUAUCAUGAACAGAAUCGCUUGUAUGCCGACUAUUCCUAUGCUUGAUUCUCAUCAAAAAGUGUGCGAUUACGCAAAAGCUCUUCGAGUACAGGCGGCAAUGACGAAAGAUGAUAUCGAACGACGUGAAGUUCUUCUGGAGACACUAGAAGUUCUCGAAGAUGUUAAGAUUCAAGAGAUGAAUAGAGAGCAAAUCGCCAAAUUGUUCUAUCAGCGGGCGAAUGUGCACUCGGAACUCAAUCAAAUCGAUCUUGCUGAGAAGAGCUACUCGACAGCGGCACAAUUGGUGGACUUCAAGACGAAUCAAUUGAGUCCCGUAACAGUGAAUUUGAUGAAAUCUUGGGGGCAUCAUGCCUACAAGAUGUUCUUCUCAUCUCCAGUUACCGAGGACAGUGCUUUGAAGUAUGGUAGACAAGCACUGGCUUGCUACUUCGCGGCAUCGCGCGCCGAAUCGGAACCGAAAGCGAGAAAAUAUAUUUCGAGAAUUAUGUGGCUCGCGAAACAUUUGUCGAUUUGCGGUCCAAAAUCGUUUGAAUCUCUUGGAAGGAUAAUCCAGAAUCAUCUACUUUCGCUGAAUGCAUACAAUUGGUUGUAUUGGCUUCCUCAACUUGUUGCCGAAAUCAAUCAUACUCCAAGUUCGCCGUUUGUUAGCCUCCUUAUCAAGAUCACUCCAACAUUCCCAAUGCAAGUCUUUCAUGCGAUUCGCAAUGUGUUCCCGAUUCCAUUAAUCGACGUUAUUCUUGAAAAAGACGAUGAAGAUUAUCAGUGUAGUGAUGAAGACGCAUUCCCAGAAGCUCCGCCUUGUGUGAGGCUUCUCCGAAUUGCUUGCAGAUAUCGACCAACUGAUAUUCGAGUUUUCCAUCGCAUUCUCCACGAAUUAGAUGAAAUGCCGGAGUUUUGGGCUGAGAAGCAUUUGCGCUAUGCUAUCGGAUUGAAAGAGCAGCUUUUCAAGGAUUUGUCUUCUAAUAUGGAUGCAACUUUCAAUGACACAAUGAUUUCGGAAGAUACUCAGACAAUUAUGAAAGAUUGGAUUGAGAAUCUGAAUAGCGAUUUACAAUACUACAACAGAUUCUACAAUUUCAAUGAAAAACAAAUUACUAACUUGGGAAAAUUGGAAGUUGGCAAAGGGUAUUUGAGAAACGAGGAGAAUGUAAAGAGGUUGUCGUUCGAAAAAGAAGUACCACGAUCUGCGCAGGACACGCCAAAAUCCGACGACGAACUUUUGUUUGUCAAGGAAACCAGUUCGACGUUUAUCAAAAACUUGUCAUUGUCAGUUGAAGCCAUCCAGCCAUUGAAAUUUGUUGAAAUUGUGAUUGCUUGGAUCAAAAUGUUGAAGCAAAGAAUUGAAUCUCUUCCAAAACGGGUUCCCAUCGAGAUUACGAGCACUUAUUUAUCGAGAUUCACGCAUCGGGUUGGAUGUGUUGAAAUGCCGUACGAUCUCCAGAAUGUUUUACGCGUCAGAAACCAUAAUACACCAAAUACGCCGAACCAAUCAGGACAAUAUGUGUCGAUGAUUUCUCGGUUUGAUCCGCAUGUCGAGAUAAUCGUUCGUGGAGGACAAGUUCAACGAUGCUUGAACAUCCGAGCCCAAACUGGAAAGACGGCGUCGUUCUAUUUGAGAAAAUAUUUGACGCCUCAAAAAACGAACCGCGUUCCACAACUAUUCUCGCAUGUCAACACACUUCUGCAGAAGGACCGUGAGACGGCAAGACGGUAUCUUUACAUGCCGAGUAUGACUCAGAUGAGAGCCAGCUCAAGGACUUUUAUUUACGAGAUUGCCUUUGUCCAGCCGUACUUCCAAACAGUUGAAUGCGGAAUGAUCAACCCGGUGUCGGCGUACGAGAUUAUUCACCCUAUUGAUAUUUUGGCGCAAUCGUUCCACGAGAUGCGAAUGACGCCUGAUGAUUUGGUCUACAUGUUCUUUGAAAGAUUCGCGCAACGAUCGAGUCAGGUGCAGAAUCCUGAAGUGCCGUCGAUGAUAAUGCCGGAUGGAAGCGGUAUCGCUCAAGCUGUUCCGCAGCCAAUGCAAUCGUAUCAAGUGAAACGCGCAAUUUAUGAAGAAUUUGUGCGCGAUAUGGUCUCCGACAGAAUUCUCGUGGAUUAUUUCACGCUUCGUUAUCCUGACAAGACCAUGUACUACAUGAUGCGCAAGAAGUUCGUGCAGUGUCUCGCUGUGCUUUCAGUUAUGGAGUCGCACUGUAGUCUGACACCAUUGACCUUGGAAGAUAUGAUGAUAACUGCGAAUACCGGCGUUCUUGUUAAUGUACAUUAUCGAUUUGAAUUGGCGCCGAAAGGAACUCGACUUGAAAUGAUCAACAAAAACUGUCAUGAUGUGCCUUUCCGACUCACACCGAAUCUGCUCAAAUUCAUCGGAAUGUCUCUCGAUGGCGAUUUGAUGUGGUGCAUGGCGGCAAUGGCGAAAUGCAUGUCUCGAAAAGAACCUGAAAUUAUUAUGAGACCUCUUCUUUGGGAUGAGCAUGCCGAUAAUGUUGAAUCUGAUGAUUUGAUAUAUGUAUGCCAUGCGACAAAUAGUUAUGUCAACGAGAUUCUAAAAAAAUUAGACAAUACAAACUCUUCCGAAGCAAAAUUGCGACGUGAUGAUAUUGCUUCUCAAUUGUGUCGUGCACGAAAAGCUGAAAACCUAUCCCGAAUGCCACCUAGCUAUCACCCGUGGAUGUGA